UUGUCAGACGGCGUCUGCCUCUGAAGUUAGCAGUGAUUUCCUCUAGAGCCCGGCCUUAUCUCCGGCUGCACGUUGCCUGGUGGUGACUAAUGACACAAUAACAUUGUCUGGGGGCUGGAAUAAAAUCGGAGCUGUUUACCCCCACUCUAUAGGGGUUCAAUAUAAAAAGCCGGCCGAGAGCUGUCCAGGUCAGACGCGCUCCUGCCUCCGCACUGGGACCGGCGCCUCCAGGGUCCGCGCGCCGCCGCCGCCGCGUGCGUACUGGGACCGCUCGCUCUGCCUCUCUGCAGGGAAGAAACUUCUUUUUUUCUCCCCGUUAAACAGCAAUCAGGACGAAGUACCAUUUUGAGAUCCGGAGAACCCGAAGCGCUUGGAAAGAACUGAAGCUGAUUUUUUUUUUCUACGCUUUUUUUUUUCCCCUUCGAGUUUAGUCUGCAGGGGGAAAGAUUUUGAACCCCUCCUUUAAUCCCCCUCCUCCCAGAAUGGAUUAUUUCCCCAUGAUUUUCGCUCUGCUGUUUGUGGUUUUCCAAGGAGCUCCAGAAGCAGCGGUCCUGGGCACCGAGCUCCGCGCGGGAGCAGAGAGCGGCGGGGAGAAGCCUGCUCCUGUCACGCCCUGGAGGCCCCGCCGGUCCAAGCGCUGCUCCUGCUCCUCCUUGAUGGAUAAGGAGUGCGUCUACUUCUGCCACCUGGACAUCAUCUGGGUCAACACUCCAGAGCACAUUGUUCCAUAUGGACUCGGAAGCCCUGCUAGGUCCAAGCGCUCCUUAAAGGACUUCUUUCCUACAAAGGCGACAGUCCACAGGAAGAGAUGCCAGUGUGCUAGCCAGACAGACAAGAAAUGCUGGAAUUUUUGCCAAGCAGGAAAAGAACUCAGGGACCAAGACUCCAUGGAGAAAGCCUGGAACAGCCAAAAGAGAGGAAAAGACCAUUCUAAGCUCAGAGAGAAGUGUCUUCAUCAGCAGCUCGUGGCCGGAAGGAAAACAAGAAGGUUGGAGGCCAUCCGCAACAGCAUCAAAACAUCUUUUCGUGUUGCCAAGCUGAAAGCCCAGCUCUAUGGAGAUAAGACAGUGACCUACAACCGUGCUCACUGAGGGCGGGAUUUGGGGGCCUGUCUGAAGCUCCUCGUCCACGGAGAGCCCUGGGCCUGACUCUGCGCUGCCCACGGGGCUGGGAUCGAGGCAAACGCGUCCUGCCUGCUCAGACGGUUUCUUGUUCCAGACUGGCAGGGGACCAGCGCCCUGGACGCAAGCAUUCCAGGAAAGGUUAAGGAGUGCCCCCAGCCAGUCUUCAUUUGUCUCCAUCUGAGCUGACUGUUUUCAUCCGUCUCUCCUCCAUGGGGGUGACAGUGGGCCCCGCAAAGAAGGCAAAGAGACCCAGUGACCUGCAGAUUGGGAUUCCUCCUCCGGCCAGAGGCGGAGAGGAGAUUCCACUUGUGGGCGGAGUUCCCAAGAGGGUCCGAAGGGACUGUCUGUGUCUCUCUCAGGCGCCUGGCACAUUUCAGGGAGAAACUCCAAAGCCCCGAGAAGAUUUUUCUAAGGAAUGCACAAAUUGAAAACACUCGAAGGACAAACACUCGAGUUAAAAAAAAAAAAAAAAAAAAAAAAGACUUGUUUUUCUAAUUCGUAAAAUGCAAAACUGAAAGAAACUGUUACUACUGAAAAUCAGAAUCUGAGUUUCAUGCAUAGGAGACUACCUCAUCUGUAUUGCACUCUGACAAAGCAUUUCCCACCUUUAAUUAUUGCCUCCCCAAACUCUUCCCCCCCAGAAAAAAACCCCAUCCUAAAUCCUAGCCUCGUGGAAGUCUGUCUAAUGCAUCAAUAGUAGAUAUAACGUUUUCAUGGUCGUCCACUAGCUCUGUUCCCUAAGGAAAAAUGAAAAGAUCAGUUGAAUCAGGACUUUCCCUUACUUACCUUGAUUUUUGGAAACACAAUGGUAUAGGGUUGUUGUGGAGAGGUAUUGAAGGGUAAACAUUGGUGAUGCUUUAAAGCAGUAAAAUUAUUUUCCUUUAUUGGCUCAUGGAAGAGGUUGGAUUACAUUUUGAUGUACUUAUAUUUUUAUAGAUAUUUAUAUUCAAACAGUUUAUUCCUUAUAUUUACCAUGUUAAAUAUACGUUUGGGCAGGCCAUAUUGGUCUAUGUAUUUUUUUAAAUGUAUUUCUGAAUGAAAUUGAAAAAUGCUUUGUUUUGCCUGUCAAGGUAAUGACCUUAGAAAAUAAAUAUUUUUUUCCCCUAC